AUGCCAAAUUUGUUUAUUGCUCUACUAGGCUAUUGCCUGGAGGUUUUUAAAAGGAACAAAUUAGUUAGUGACAUUUUAUUGUUUUAUACGAUAAUUUGGCAUAAAAACGAUAAGGAAGUUAUCAUUCCUGAAGGAUCAUAUGAAAUACAAGACAUAGAAAAGUAUCUGAAACGCAUAAUUUUCCAAUCUCGUUCCAAUGAUGCUGCGGCGAAGAAUGCAAAGACCGGUGAAAACGAGAAGAAUAAGGGCUCGUUGACUAUUCGCGCCAACAACAACACGCUGAAAAAUGAGAUAAAGUGCUUUUAUAUAAAUAAUAAAUUUCACCAACCUAACAACAUUGGAUCGUUGUUGGGAUUUUCAACGAAUCGUAUCCUGGAGUCGCAACAGUGGCAUGAAUCAGACACACCGAUAAAUAUCAUCAACGUAAACAUCAUUCGCAUCGAGUGCAACGUGACUACUGGUGCGUACAGUAACGAGACGAGCGUGCACACGAUACAUGAGUUUUCAUCGAACGUACCGCCAGGAUAUAAGAUCUCAGAAACACCGAAACAGAUCAUUUACCUUCCGAUCAUCGUGUUGGCGGUAGACGACUCGUUUCCUCCGCGCACCGGCACAACGACACUUCAAGUCAACGUGCUGGACGCGAACGAUCACGCGCCCAGCUUCGAGGGGCCAGAAUAUGACGCGUCGGUACGCGAAGGUGUUCCCGUAGGCUCCACCGUGAUUACAGUCAAGGCUACGGAUCAGGAUGCCAACAGAAACGCUGAAGUGGAGUACUCUAUUGUCUCCAUUACGGCAGGUGGUAGCACCACGCAUACGGAGGAUGCAGCGACUUUCAGAAUCGACUCCAGAUCCGGUGUGGUCACCACGCGAACUGCGCUCGACCGCGAGCAAACUGAGAUUUACACGGUGAUUCUCAGCGUUACGGAUCAAGCAACACCACCGUCGGCGCGACGCAGCGCGAACGCCACCCUGGUGGUACGUGUGCUGGACGACAACGACAACUACCCGCAGUUCACCGAGCGCACGUACUCGGCGGCCGUGCCGGAGGACCUGGACUACACGACCAACCCGGUGAUAGCUCACAUCCAGGCGACGGACGCGGACGCCGGCGCCAACGCGGUCGUCCGCUACGCCAUCAUCGGCGGCAACACGCAGAACACCUUCUCGAUCGACUCGAUGAACGGCUACGUGACCCUGGUCAAGCCGCUCGACUACGAGUCCACCAGGAGCUACAAGAUCGUCAUACGCGCCCAGGACGGCGGCUCGCCGGCGCGUUCCAACACCACCCAGCUGCUCGUGAUGGUCAGGGACGUGAACGACAACGCGCCGAGGUUCUACACCAGCCACUUCCAGGAGUCGGUGUCGGAAAACGUGCCGCUGGGAUACUCGGUCCUGCGGGUGCAAGCGUACGACGCCGACGAGGGUAAGAACGCGCUCAUCAGGUACACCAUCGGCGCGCGCGAUUUCACCGGCGCCUCCACGGAGAACUUCCCCAUCACCGUGAACGCGGAGACCGGUUGGAUCUACACGACGAAGCAGUUGGAUCGUGAACUGUGCUCGAGGUAUUAA